UUGUGUACAUAUUUCGGACUCCACGUCUAAGGAACACGAUGUGACAGGAGAUUUAGACAGUUAACAGCUUUACAAGCUUCAGCCUGAGCAGAGAAACCCAGAGUGCGUCACCAUGACUCCUUGACGGCUGUGUGUUCAUUCCUCACCAUGAGUGCUGCUGCGCUGGCUGUAGUGGUCGUAGUGGUUUUCUUCUUGGCUCUCUACCUCCUCCAGCGCUAUGGAGACCUGCGGAGGCAGCAGCGGAUGGUGCUUUUGGGCACGCUGCUGUCCUGGUACCUCUGCUUCCUCAUCGUCUUCAUCCUGCCGCUGGACGUCAGCACGACCAUCUACAAGCAAUGUAUACUCGACAAUGGAAAUCAACCUUCUCCUGUAACUCAAGCAAGACAAAGCAAUCAGACGAAAAACAAAUCCUCAGUUAAUCCAACUGUCAGUAUACCAAAGGUUUGUGAGGAGCCGUGGAGUUAUAUCCCAGAUGGCAUCCUGCCAGUGUUCUGGAGAGUUGUAUACUGGACAUCCCAGUUUCUUACUUGGCUGCUGUUGCCCUUCAUGCAGUCGUACGCACGGUCGGGAGCUUUCUCCAGAGUUGGAAGGAUUAAAACAGCUCUCAUUGAAAAUGCUAUCUAUUAUGGCACCUACCUCCUCAUCUUCAUCUCUCUGCUCAUCUACGUCGCUGCUCACCCACAGUGGCAACUCUCAUGGAGACAGCUCCAGACCAUCGGCAUCACAGCCGCCAACACCUGGGGCCUCUUCCUCCUGGUGCUGUUGCUGGGCUACGGCCUCGUGGAGAUCCCGCGCUCUUAUUGGCUCUUAUCCUCCUACGAUUACCUGCUGGCCAAAACCUAUUUCAAGGCAGCAAAGGUGGCCACUGAGAAAGCCUCGGCGGAGGAGAACCUAGCAGAUGUAAUGGAGGAGGUGGCAGGUGUCCAUGAAGCUAUCAGGUUCAACCACGGUCUCAGGAAGUGUGUGGACACCAUUAUUGGAAAGUGUCCGGCUGAGUACCAAGAAGAGUUGGUGAGAAAUGCAGAAAGCUCCCGGGGUGAGCAGAAUGUGCUUCCCACCAAAGGAGGCCUGUUUAAGCUUCAUAAAAAGGUAAUCUCUGCAGUGCAGAGACAGGGUCAGACCCUGGUUCAGUGGUCCAUCUUGUUAGAGCAGGCCUUCCAUCUAGAAGAUGUAGCCAAAAGCCAGAGCAGCCCGCUCCGACACUUCACCCACAGCUUCCCCUCAGAACAGAACCACGGCUGGGUCCGACGGUUCAUUUACACUCCUACUGUGGAGUGGUACUGGGAGUGUGUGUGCAGGCAGGGUUUCUACAGGCUGCUGACAGUGCUGCUGUGCCUCCUCUCAGCAGCAGUGGUUUGGUCUGAGUGCACCUUCUUCAGCACGCACCCUGUCCUCUCCCUCUUCGCUGUCUUUGUUCAGCUGGCUGAAAAACAUCACAACUACAUCUGUAUCGAGAUGGCGUGCUUUGUCAGCAUCCUCUUCCUGUGUUUCUGUGUCUACUCAACAGUGUUCAGGAUACGAGUCUUCAACUACUAUUACCUGGUGCCACAUCACCAGACUGACGCUUACAGCCUGCAGUUCAGCGGCAUGUUGUUUUGUCGUCUGACCCCACCUUUGUGCCUCAACUUUUUGGGCCUGAUUCACAUGGACUCUGCUAUCUCACACCAGGACAGAAUACAGACAUCCUACACCUCUAUCAUGGGCUCUAUGAGUGUUUUAUAUUUUAUAUCUGAUGGGUUCUACAUCUACUAUCCCAUGUUGGUAUUGCUGCUCUGCUUUGCUACUUAUUACAGCCUGGGCUCUCGCUGUUUGAACCUCCUGGGCUUUCAUCAGUACAUCACUGACGACCACUUGACCUCUGACCUGGUGGAUGAAGGCAGGGAACACAUCAGAAGAGAAAGAAGAAAAAGACAGAAAGCUGAGGAUGGAGAAAAUCGAAGAUGGGCCUGGAGGGAUCGGUAUGGAGCCCAGGAGGGGGCUGGGCGGAGCAGAGCUGGUUACACUGAGAUAAACGACGACCAGAGCAGUCCUGUCACAGAGACCAAGAAUAGUGUUAUCACAUUCAGAAGAGAUGGGGAGGAGGAGGAGGAUGAGCAGCACAGAAGCUUACUGCGAGAUCAUUACAGUGAUGAAGGUUCACCAAACAGAAGAUCCACAGGAGGACGUUAUUUGUCCCUGUCUCCUUCGCGGGCAGGCAUCUUUGAUGAUGUUUGAAAGAAGUAAGUCAUCUCGGGAGAGCAAAGAAAGCUCAUAUGCUUGACCUGAAAAAAAGGACUAAAGACUUCUUAAGGGAAGUCUAAACAAAAAGGAUUGUCUCAGGAAGUAAAGAGGAAGUCGUCGCUUCUGAGAUAUAGACAUACACUCGGUUAGAAUCAUUGUAUACAUAAAGAAAAAGUCUGUGAUUAACCUGUUCAGCCAAACCCUUUUGAAUGUAUUAUUGUGCUAUUGUCUUUCCUGCAGUAGUGUUUUACAAUUUCAGAUUGAUGAAUAAAAGAGAAAAAUGCCACAUUUACACACUUACCGUAUCCAAGGAUAAUCAAACGUGAUACAUGUGGACAUUUCUUGAUGUCUGGAUAUUUCACCAUAAGAGUGGAUACAUGUUAUAUCUGAAUUAAAUAGCCCACUGAGAAAACUGUGAACAUGAAAUGAAAUGAAAUCAAAACUGAGGGAGGACACUAUCAUAACAGCCUAAUUUAUUUUCUGUUGAGUAUUUUGUGUAUGGAAAAACGUUAAUUGUUGUAUAUAAUGUAGUCAACAGCCAAUUAUUUUCCCUUAAGGUAUGUAUGUUUUGUAUAAUUGGGUGUUUACUACAAAAAUGCAUUAAAAUGUGAUAAUUUUA